AUGGAGGCCUAUCCCCUGGACCCCGAUGCCGGGGAACCGUCCUGUCACUCGAGGACCGCUGCCUUGGAGGCCGGGAAUACGAGGGCCCCUGGGUCCCGGAUUAAUAAACAAUGGGGGAGUACUGAGAGCCCCGAUAAUGCCGGGAAUCCCCCCAGCACGGGCGCCCGUGAGGAACCUCUCACUACAGGGGGCGCGACCGAUACUGGGUCCGCCACCGCCGAUGAGGCCCGGAGUCCAGGGGCCAGGGUUAUUGAGAGGAGUGGGGGUCCCUAUGUCAAUGAGGGGGGCAGGUCCCCAGAGGCAGGGGCCAAUGAACAGUCCGAGCCUGUUGGGACCGGGGACUGUGAGGGGACCAGGGAUGUUUGUACCGGAAGCUAUGAGGGGACGAGGGAUACCGAUGAGGGGCUUGGGGGUCCCCAGUGUAACAGGCAUGAGAGUUCCCCUCGUACAGGGGCCCAUGCAGAAUGCCAACAGGCUUCCAGGCCCUGCCAGGGGUCCCAUGUUACCCAAUCCGAUGGGGAGAAGAGACACAGCUCCUGGACCAAUGAGGAUGAGAGCGCCAUUUCUUCUGGGACCAGUACCCCCAAGGAAUCCAGUUCUCCCAGGAGCAUCAGUGCCACGACCCCCAAUUUUGCCGGGACCACUCCAGAAGAACAACCUAGUCCCCAGGCCAAUUAUGGGGAGAUUGCCUCAAGGAGCCCCAGUAAGGAUGGAGACUCUGGGUGCAGUCCGCCCAGGCACAGUCCCGUGGAGAGGCCCAAUGAUACCAAGGUCACCGAAUCCUUUAAGAAACCAGUCACUGCUGCCCGUCCCAGUGACACUAAAAAGGCAACUGAGCCAAGAGACAAACCAGCAGCCCUUUCACAGGCUUCUCCCCCCAGCCGCAACAGAACCCCCAAUGUUGAAACGCCCUCGGAUGUCAGUGCCAGGCUUCCCUCUGAUGCCUACCAAACCUGCCCUGCCAUUCCCUAUAGGGAACCUCCCUGGUCCGGCGUGCCCAAGGCCCUUUACAGCUUGGAGAUCCUGAAAGGGGGAAGCAUCGUGUCUACCAAGAACAUCAGCAAUGUGAGUUGGACUAUUUUCGGCAGACUCCCUUCCUGCCACGUCUCCCUGGAGCACCCUUCUGUUUCCCGUUACCAUGCUGUUCUGCAGUACCGUCAUGUUCAAGGUUCUGGCCCAGAUGAGGAGCUUGGAUUUUAUGUGUAUGACUUGGGCAGCACCCAUGGGACCUUCCUAAACAAACAGAGGGUUCAACCAAAAACCUACUGUCGUGUUAGAGUGGGCUACGUGCUGAAAUUUGGGGGAAGCACGCGCCUAUUUUUACUGCAGGGCCCUGAGGACGACCAGGAGGAAGAAUCUGAGCUCACAGUAACUCAGAUAAAAGAAGCACGGAGGCAGAAGGAGAGCCUGCAGAAGAGGAUGCUGGGAGAUGAUUCUGAUGAUGAAGAAAGUUCAGAAGACAGCAAGAAUGUGAAGGAAUCGGGGAGUUUGGGGGAUGAUGCAGGAUGCAUGUGGGGAAUGGGAGAGGAUGCGCUCCAAGAAGAUAACGAGGAAAACCCAAUUGCAGCUGAAUUUCAGGAAGAAAAGGAGGCUCUGUACUUGAAGAAUCCCAAAAAAGCUCUCCAGGGCUUCUUCGACAGGGAAGGGGAAGAGCUGGAAUAUGAGUAUGAAGAACAGGGCCCUGGCAUGUGGCUGUGCAGAGUCAAGUUGCCUGUAGAUGAUGCUUCAGGGAAGCAGCUGGUGGCAGAAGCUGUGCAUUCUGGGAAGAAGAAAGAAGCAUCAGUGGUGUGUUCAUUGGAAGCUUGUCGUAUGCUGGAGAUGAGAGGCCUGCUGCGCCAAGAGGCAGUGGCUCGCAAGAGAAAAGCUAAAAAUUGGGAGGAUGAGGAUUUCUACGACAGCGAUGACGACACCUUCCUCGACCGCACGGGACUGGUAGAAAAGAAGAGGAUGAACCGCAUGAAAAAGGCUGGGAAGAUUGAAGAAAAACCAGAAACAUAUGACUCCCUGGUGACUAAGUUAAAUGCUGUUGAAAAGGAGCUUUCUGAGGUUGCCACCAAGCUGCAAACAUCUCAUGCAGCUGAUUCUCAGAGCUCAGCUCAGGACUCACUGGAUGCCUUCAUGACAGAAAUAAAAUCUGCAACCACACUCGAUAGCAUUGCCCGCAAGAAGCUCCACUUGCGUUCUUUUGAGCUAAAGAAGGAACAGCAGAGACUGAAAGGGCUGAUAAAGAUUGUGCAGCCAACAAAACUUCCGGAACUCAGUCCAGUGGCACCAGAUUCCAAAUCGAAAAAGCCUAACUUGCCAAUGUUCGGAGCUAUGAAAGGAGGAAGUAAAUUUAAACUGAAAACUGGAACAGUUGGGAAACUGCCUCCAAAGCGAACAGACAUUCCAGAAAACUUUUUUAAUAUGAAAGGCAACGAGAAUGAGGUGGAAGAAGACGAAGAGGAAGAAAUGCAGAUGGAAAGUAAACAGGAGGCUGCUGAAAAGGAUUCUGGGGAGAAACCAGCACAGAGCAAUGAAGCUGAUCCAGGAUCCCCUCAAACAACUGGCUGCUCACCCCCAUCUUCUGCUGAUGGCAAGUCAGUUCCAGAAAUGGAAGAAAAACUUUCUCACUCGGGACCAAAGAUGACCAAGGAUUCAGAGCCAGAUGACGAUACUCCAGUCCCUGGCAAAAGAAGUCCCCAAGUAUCCCAGAAGGAAGAAGACAAACAAAAAGAGGGAGCAGUUAAGACAAGGAAGAUACAUGGCCCAAGCAGGCCCCCAACAGGUGUCCUGUCCACCACCCACUACCCAGAGGACGACCCAGAUUACUGCGUGUGGAUGCCUCCUACAGGUCAAACAGGUGAUGGGAAAACACAUCUGAAUGAGAAAUAUGGCUACUGAUUCACUCUCAAUAAUUUACCCCAUAUGGGAGGGACUUGCCCAUUUGUUGGUGGCAGAACAAAGACCGGGAAACAACUGGGGGGGGACACUGGCUUCCUACAUCCUAUACUUAGUCCAAUAAUGUAUGGACCCUGUGAGAGCUGUACCCACGUCUCUCUGUCUGUAGCCUGCACAGUCGCCCACAUCUACAACUGCCCAUUGGCCGUGUGCAGCUGAAGUGCAAGCUCUUCGUCCUGCAUAUUCUGGUCUAUUCAAUGUAGUGUCUCCAGCCUCGGCCUCGUAGGUGCACAGAAUAUUUAUGCAAUGUGGAUAAUGAUGUUCCCACAAGCAUGCAAGCUUGCUGGCUCUCUUACCUGCAUAGAAACGCUUACUAGAUUCAAGAGAAUCCUUAUGUUGGGGGGAUAUUUGUUGGUCUCUCACUUUCACGUCUUUCCUAAAUUCCCCUUUUUGUUUACCCAGCAUCAAGCCUGAAACACAAUGGGCUGUUGGAGUUAUACCAAAUAAAAAUUGCCCUGGCCACUUACAGCAGCCAAUCAAACGGUUGCAUACACUAUCCUGGUAACAGCUGACCAGUAAAAGUUAAGCUUUAUGAUUGGUUGCUGUGGGUUCCAAAAAACAGAGCAGAUUGUAAUCCCUGUUAUGAAGAAUUUAGGGAAUGUAACCAAUUGCUUUUAUAAUAGGCGUGUCGUUUAUAUUCCUCAUACUGUAGAUCCUCGUUAUUUAAUAUUGUUACUAUGUUGCUGUGAAUAUUAACUUCUGUGAUGUUUGGGGAUUUUUUUUUUAUUAAUUAGUAUUUUCACCCCCCUUGUACAAUUGAGAAGCUGUAAAUACAAUUUAGUUUGUAGUCUGGUUUCUAAUUAAAAAAAACCUUGUGGA